AUGUCUAGUUCGGCUUCGCUGGAGCAGGUUUCCAAAUUUAUUGCUUCUGAUAACAUGAAGGAUAUUAUCCCCAAACUGGUGUUCUUACAAAAGCACAAGUCACUUUCUGAGGAAUUUAUUGAGAAUGCCAAAAAUCUUGCGCUCAAAUCAUUGACGGGGUGGAUAACUGCCGAUCAAGAAGCAAGACUAUCGAAAAUUGCGUCGCUUCAUCUAUUAUUGUCAUCCACAAAAAGAUCACUAUCGGCAGGAUUUGAAAAUCACCAAACAAAUCUUAUCACGGAGGCACUUUGUGGACUCGAAGAGAGCAUUUCUACAGCCGAUUUAACCCCUCCUCAGUGUUUCCAAAAGAAGAAAGAGGAUCUGAUUAGGGCAGUCAAGCGAUUGUCUUCCACUAUUGUAUGCAUGGAAGAUCAAGUCCGGCAGCAAAGAUUUUAUAUUCCAGACCGACAAAUCCUCGCUCAUAUUAAGCAAAUCAAAUCGGACAUUUUGCGCCGGAGAAGGAUGACGUCGUUGCCUCGACUUGUUGGGCUGUAA